UUAUUUUGGUUUGUGCGCCGACAACACAAACACCGUUUCGUGAGUGAAAAGUAUGGCGAACUCGUUCGAAAAGCUGCAAAACUUGGAUUUAUCUCGCGACGAAGUGCAUCGCAUCGGCGAGGCUUUGAAAAACCAGGAGUUCAGGAAAUUGUUUACGGAAUACGUCGAGGAGAUUCAAGACCCAGAAAACCGCAAAAAGUACGAAGAGGAGAUAGCGCAAUUGGAGAAAGAACGCGGUGUCGACGUCACUUUUAUCCACCCGAAUCCGGGCUACGUUAUUAAAACCUCGCUGGAUGGAGUGCAAAAGUGCUUUAUCAACGUUUGUGCUAACGAACUCAUCGCGAAACCGACCUCUUUCGCCACUGUCAAAGAGGGGUCGCGCGGGUUGCAGUGGUCGUUGCCGCACUCGAUUUCGCCGCCACGUGACGACUUGGACAACAAAAAAAUUCGGUGUCAGGUGUACGACAUAGUUUUUCACCCUGAUACGUUGCAUUUGGCGGAGAGAAAUAAGGCGUUCAAGUGUAUGGUUAAUAGUACGGCGCUGGAGGCAGUAGAGGGGAAUUUUGAUGUUAAGUUGGAUAAAAAGAAUUUAAAAUUUCCCAAGUUGCAGUAUAAAGGUGUACCGAAAGCUUGCAUAAGGCGCACGCCGUCUAAAAAUGCCGAAAUUGUGCAACGAACCCCCGAAGAAAAAGAAUUCUACGAUAAAAUUUACGCCAAUGCAGAUUCUUACAGCACCUCGCCUAAAAAGACCAAAAAAGCGCCUAAAAAACACUCGGAAGGCGACAAAUCUCAAUACACAACCCCACAGUAUGUAAUUAAACAUCGCUCCCACAUAGAAAUGCAGGAUUAUACGGAACAUAAAGAAACGAAAAUCAACGCUGCAACUCCGAAGGAGUUAAUCAUAGAAGUGAAUUUACCGCUGCUGAAAUCCUCCAGCGAUAUCCAACUGGAUGUCACCGAAAAAACAGUACAACUUAUAAGUGAAAAACCGGCAAAGUACAAACUGAACAUUACUCUCCCUUACUGCGUGAACGAGUCCACUGGGAACGCGAAAUUCGAGAAAGACUUGAAAAAAUUAAUCGUCACCCUACCUGUGAAACGUACAAAUAAGUUGCUUCUAAUUGAUAGCAUUGAAGACAGUGGCGUGGAAAGCCAUGCAUCAACUGAAUCAGAUGAAGAAACGAGUGAUAAAAGUGACGUUACGUGUAGUGACAGUGAUUAUAGGACAGAAUUUUUAGAUAGUAAUUUAUUUUAUAACUUACCUGAAUUUACCUGUCAUCUAUUUGAUAACACCCUAGCUUAUACCUUAAAUGUUAAAAAUGUUGAUGAAGAUACAGUGGAAAAAAUGUUUGAUGAUGCAGGUUCAUCAUUACACGUUAAGUUUACUAGUAUUAGUAGUAGUUACUAUCCCACGUACUACGCGUUCUAUGUAAAAUUACAGCAUACAAUUCUACCCGACAAAAUUUCAAUUGAAACUUGGGACAACAACCUAAUAAUACAAAUCCCAUUCAAUGGAGAUUCCUCCACAUUAAAAUCCUACUUAUACGGCCUAAACGCCUCAAAUCUAACCUCCAAAACUCUUGAAGAACCAUCCAUAAUCAAUACACAUCUGGAAGACAUCAAACCAUCAGAAAUAGAAACAAGUGAACCCGAAAAAACGAAAGCAAUCGACAUAACCUCAAUCUACGACCAAUCGAGCUGCGACGAAUUGUCCUGCAACAGUUGCAGUCCUUCUUUGAGCAAAGGGAUUCUCAAGAGACUGUCCUCGAAGCGUUCCGCAGUUGUGAGGAGCAUUUCCGAAUCCAGUUUGGACGAUUUCGUUCCUUCAUCAUUCGAGAAUUGUGCUUCAUUUGACUCUGUAAUACCUGAAGAAGAUGGGGAAGUCUCCACAAGCCUUAAGAAGACUGUCAGAUUCAAUGAUACCAUCAAAAGGCAGUUGUUUAGAUCCAACUCAAGUAUUUUGGGGCAAAAAAAGAAGAACCAGCGCAAAGCUAGGAACAAAAAACGCGCGCACGAUAGGCGCCACAGCGAAAGCGAGCUUUCCGAAGUUGAUGAGAAGCAGGAGGGAGAUUCAAAGACUUCAUUGAGCACUGAUACCGAGGAAGAACAAUGUGAUAAGUCGAGAAGAAAUUCGCAGAACGACAUUUUCCAUUUAGACAUGGACCACUGAGAGAGUAUGAGCAUAAUAAUUUUCUGUUAAACAAAAAAAUAACAAAAAAAAAUACAAAUACAAGAAAUGCGCUUUUUUGACCGCGUCAAGGAAGCGCUCAAAUAGUUACUUCUACUUAUAAUGUUAAGUUUGAUAUUAGAACGAUAUUUUUUAAGUCAAACCAGGAUGGGGC